AUGUAUUCUAAAAGAAGAAUGCUGUUGUUAAUUUCAUUUGUUUUAUCACUGUUGUUGGUGGAGCGUUAUUUCAGGAGCCAUCAGGUAGAAGAGCUUGAACUGUCAGACUGGUUUAUGCCUCGAAGACGCCCUGAUGUUAUAACUACAACUGAUUGGCUUGCCCCAGUCAUCUGGGAAGGGACUUUCAACAGACAGGUCCUGGAAGAUCACUACAGAAGGAGGAAUAUCACCGUGGGCUUGGCCGUCUUGGUCUCUGGCAGGUUUGCCCACAAGUCCCUGGGGCUGUUCUUGCGGUCCGCAAGCAAGUACUUCAUGCCAGGCCACCGUGUCAUCUUCUACAUCCUGAUGGACACCUUUGUCAGGCUGCCGGGCAUAGCGCGGAGCCCUCUUCACACGUUCAGGGUGCUGAAGACGGGCAUCGAUUACACGUGGCAUGACUUGCACCUGCUGCACAUGAAAAACCUGGGAGCAAACAUCGUGAGCUACAUCCAGGAUGAGGUGGACUUCCUCUUCUGCAUGGCCGUGGACCAGGUCUUCCAGAACAGGUUCGGGGUGGAGACUCUGGCCCCCUCGGUGGCUCAGCUCCACUCCUGGUGGUAUUUCAGGAACACCAAGAACUUCCCUUAUGAAAGGCGGCGGAACUCUGCAGCCUUCAUCCCGUUAGGGCAGGGUGACUUCUUCUACGACGGCUCCACCGUGGGCGGCACGCCCCAUCAGGUCCUGAACUUCAUCGAUAAAUAUCUGCAAGGAGUCAUUGACGACACCAGAAAUGGACUCAACAGCACCUAUGAAAGGCACCUCAACAAGUAUUUUUUCCUCAACAAGCCGACCAAGCUCUUAUCGCCAGAGUACAACUGGGACUCUGCCCUCAAUCUGCCCAUACAGAUCCAAUAUGUUAAGGUAGCACGUCGCACGGAAAGGAAUUCAUGA